UGAACCUGAAGAUUAGAUUUGGUGCUGUAACCCUUGCUUUGCCGCAAUAUGGACCCCGAGACCGAAGUCGUUGACCUCGACACAGACGCUACCAUCGAAGAGGCGACAGCAUUUGGCACCCACUUGAUCGAAACUAUUCUCAAUCGCGCGCCGUUCAACAUCGUAAAAGCGCAGAUCGACGCGGGUGCACCUCUGUGGUUCCAAGACGAUGAGGGCACAUCGCCCCUGCAUGCUGCUGCGUAUGUCGAGAAUGAGGAACUGGUGAGGUAUUUGAUUGGCCAGGGCGCGGUGUGGAAUGCAGUCGAUAAUUCGCAUAACAGCUCAGGAGAUGUCGCGUUGUCUAUGAACAACGAAACUAUCUAUACGCUCAUCCGAGAUGCAGGCAUACGCUCCGAGCUACUUCUGGCGCUGCUAUCAUCAAAAGGCCCUGCCGCAAACUCGCCCUUGGCACUAGUUCUCAAAGCCACAGAUUUCACCGCCGCCGGGUUUACCACCACCUAUCUCAACGCACCUCUGCAAUAUAAGAAUGAUGCGCACGGCCAAGAGAUAUGUGUUGUGAACGUCAGCGGCGACGAGGUGGGGGUCAUGAUGGGCUGGGAACGGCCCAUUAUGCAGAAGACGGUCGAGAAACUCUGCUCUGAUCACGAGAACCUCAGGCGGGGUCUGAAGAUCCUCAACAUCGGGUUCGGGCUUGGUAUUAUUGACUCGUACUUUCAAGAGCUGCCCGUCAAGCCUUCGGAGCAUGUCAUCAUCGAGGCCCAUCCAGACGUUAUCGCGCACAUGAAGGCGACAAGUUGGUAUGAGAAGCCUGGAGUCAAAGUCCUGGAGGGCAAGUGGCAAGAUUUCAUCGAAAGCGAAGAGCUCUUGGCCACUGGCGGUUUCGAUGUGGUCUAUACUGACACUUUCUCGGAGGAUUAUCAAGAGCUUCAGCAGUUCUUUAGCCACGUCCCGGAUCUGCUUUCGGAUCCUGAUUCGCGCUUUAGUUUCUUCCACGGGCUUGGCGCGACUAAUGCUCUGUUUUACGAUGUGUACACACAUGUCUCGGAGCUUCAUCUUGCGGAGGCGGGCGUGGACGUCGAGUGGAGUGAUGUUGAUGUCUUCGACAACAGCACUGAGCGAUGGGGCAAUACCCGAGAGUACUUCAGCAGGCGGUUCUACAGGUUACCUAUUGCAAAGAUGCGCGCCCUCUGAUCUGAACUGCUCCCCCAGACUACCAUCCACACCUCACUCGUAUCUAAACGACCCCGUUUGCAAUACGUAUGCCCUGCCUUGGUCUGUUCGCAUCUACGAUGUCGACAACCGGUGUCCAGGCUUCGCUGUACAGAAUCAAAUGAGGUGUCUGGCGGGAGUCUCCGUGACACGAUUGAUGGGUGUCUUGCCUCUUUCGACGAGUAUGGUUUGACAUCAGGCGUAGCACCUAGCACCGCCAUUCACCUGAUAGACGCGACCGGUUUCAUAUAUAAGAUGGGAUGCCAUCCUCGCCUCCUCUUCCAGCGGGUCUUGCUUCUUUCACCACUGUCGGCUGGUUCGACUUUUUACGUGUAUUUUUAUCUUUGCUUUUUCACCAGACUCUAGCCCACGACUUUUCCCUUUUUCUUGGGUCCUCUCGACCAUUUUCGAAAAAUUUAUUCGACACCAUAAGAUGUCUAACCCCUACGGAGGGCAGCAGCCAUACCAAGCCCAGCCCGAUCAGCAGCCGGGCCAACAACCAGGUCAACAGUCAUACCAAUCGUAUCAACCUCCGUACCUGGUGCCUCAGGUUGUUGUAGGAUUCCCUUCAAGUACCAUUUUGCGCUUUACUCCUCAUGAGGAGCCUGACCUUGUCGUUCCGUACGAGCUGAAGCCCUUCGUGAGUCUCUUGUUAUGAAUAUCCGCACGCGAAUCCCUGAAUUGGUCGUACUAGUUUUCAGACGACGUCUGGGCUGCUCGUAUCCCGGCCAUCACCCGUAAAGCUUCGCGCUACUACAAGAAGGGCCUCGAAUGGGUCUGGCUGAUCCUUGGCUUUGCGUAAGUUCGGCAAUGAAGUGUAGUACUACCGUUCUUUGACGUCAAGCAUGUCAGGACCAUCAUUGCCGUUCCUAUCGCCAUCUACUAUGUUGCACUCCAUCAUUUACCCGAGGAUGCUGACGACAAGAAGGACGAUAAGGACGACCACUGGUGGGACUUGCAUCCCUUUGAUCGCACCUGGAAGGCUCGCCUCAUCAGCUUGGCGGUCUGGAUUGUGCUUAUGUUCAUCGUCUUCAUGCCGAUGAAAAUCUGGAAGUCGGGCGGCAAGGCAAACGUGAACAAGAUGCUGCAGCAAUGGGAGGCCGAGGACAGGGCCGUCCGCCCUGUCGGGGCUCCCUAUCCGACUCUAAAGAUGAAGCAACCGGGGAUCAUCAGCAAGAGCAUUGUGGGUAUUCUCUCUGAAUCACGACAUAAGCAGUAACUGAACGGUCUGUAGAAAAUCUCUGUGACGAUCCCUCCUGGCCCCGUACCUUCCAUCUACCAGCCUGGCUCGCAGGCACCCCCAGUGAGUGUCCUACACGACCUCGCGUUAAACGUCUCCCUAAUCUUUCCCAGCAGUACAUCGCGAACCCGCCCACCGACCCCGCAGCGUCACAGUAUUACCAACAGCCUCAGCAGCAGCCCGCCGCCCAGUGGGGCCCGCCGUCUGCUGGGUACAGCCCCCAGCGCGGCUACAACGAGACGUCACAGGCACCUGGCGCCAUUCCCAUGUACAACACGCGCGACGAGCGCGUCCCUGGCUACAACGGCAUGCCGGUCGAACCAAUGGACGAGAAGGACCCGUUUGAGGAUGUAAAGGUUUAGAUGCCGGUAGCGCUGACUCUUACGGUGUACGAUAGAGCUGGUUACAGUUGUGGUGUGGGACUGCACGAUAUUAUACACGAUCCUUUGACCCGCUG